CGUGAAAUCGUUUGAAACAAUGCAUUCGGGUACAUCAAAUCACCCCUACCUUUCAUCUGGGUCUACUCGUGUCUACCUUACCAACGUGACAUCCCCUCUCUACGUCGUGCACGGCACUUGCUCCAUAUUAUCUUCACAGUGCAUGUAUGGGUGUCUCCAGAUGGACAUGAAGCAACAGAGGCCAAUCCCCAAGUGACAGAUAAUUGUUGACUAUUUUUAUCCUUUGUUUUUAUUAUCAAUGCUGUGUUCAGUUCUGUCCAAUCUCCCAACAUGACGAGUUUAUUUAUUUACACAAUAGGAUAUAUUUUAUUCGUUAGUGGUUUAAUUUAUCCACCCACAGAAUUUGUAUCUGCGGGUUUGACAAUUCCUGAAUUGUUUUCGAGUUGGUUAGGUAGUGAAUACGAUGAAUUUGUCCAGUAUCACAUAAAACGUAGCAUUGUCACUUUGUUCGUCCAUUCAUUGUUGCCUUUUGGCUACAUCAUUGGACUCAGUCUCCUGGGUCAUUUAGAUGCUGCACAAGUGUUUCUUGGCACUGAACACCCACUCUGGUUAACCUUAUCCAUCUGUGCACUCGUUGGACCAAUUUAUGCACUCAAUUUAAUCGUCAAUUGGUCCAGGAAUCAUUUUUCCAAACAUCCCAUUGCUAAGGCCCUGGGGAUUUAUUGUAAUGAAAGAGGAACGUGGUUGGACAUCGCUGCUGAUGUCAAUAGGGAGUACAAAAGUUUGGAUAAGCUCCAGAUACGAACGAAUAGCACAACAAAAAUUGUCGUGACCAAUACAUGGAUUAUGAAGGUGUCUGCGUACAAACUAGAGAUUGCUAGUCAGAUAAAUUCCGUAUUGGUGGCUUACAACGUCAAUUCUUACUCGUCGACUCCCUCUCCAACUGAGUCUGUUCAUUAUGUUAAGUACAGGAUAGUAACAAGGCAACCUGGAGGAAAGAAUUUUACGAUUAGAAUUAACGCAAGUGACGUUCAAAAUCUACUAGGCAAGAUCACUAUGCCAACGAGGACAUUAUCCUCGGUUCAGGUGCCCCAGACUGUUACUGAAAUCGCGGUUUUCGCGAUUAAACAAGAAGUUGCGAAAAAUCCAACUUAUAAAACUACUCAGCAACUGGAACAGUGUGCUGUAUGUAUGCAAGCAACAUCGAAUGUCAAAUUGACCCGAAAUUGUCCAGAUAUUCCGGAGAUGGAUGGUAUUCCUGCGUGUAGAAGUUGCAAUUGUCCUCCCAUAUUUUGUAUCGACUGCCUCGCAAAAUGGUUCAUCUCAAGCUCUCAGCACAAGCCCAAAAACGUCACGGAGAUGAAGAGCAGCUGUCCCCAGUGUCGGUCGCCCUUCUGCCUCCAGGACGUGAGCCUCGUCACCUCAGGAUCUCCAAGCACACCCCCCGCCCCUCAAGCACCCUCAACAGAAACUCAAUAACUGUCCCAAGUCAUAUCCCCUUCAAUCCUGUAAAUAAUAAACAUCAUUCCAAAUUUGA